UACUCUUUGGUGCAGUCACCUACCGGCCUGCCGACGUGGCGGGGCGGAAGAGGAGCCGCUAGCUGGCACCAAACGGAUCACCAUGUCCCAGGCUGCCCCCUCUGAUGCAGACCCCUCUGCAGACACCACCCACCCACCUGACCAACCCCCCCACACUGAACCCGGCUCCUGCGAGGAUGUCCCAGCAGCCCCUGCACCGCCCUCAGCCACUCUGCAGCCUCCUUUGAUCCCUGAGAGUUUCAGCCCCCCACAGUCCACCGAGGAGACGACCACAGAGGACCCCACCACCGCGACUGACAUUUCACAGGGCCAGACUGACCAACUAGAGUGUGUCGCCGAGGAUCAGGUGGUUGAAUGUGACCAACCAGUGAGCCUGGAGCCAGACACAGAGGCUGCAGAGGAGGAUGCAGAGAGGUCACUUGAGGAGAGAGACAAAGGCUGGGGAGGUUGGAGUUCAUGGGGAAAAUCUCUUCUGACUAGUGCCACCUCCACAGUGGGUCAUAGCCUGACCUCAGUAAAGGUGAAGGCAGGAGAGGCUCUGCGUCUCCACAGGACCUCAGUAGGAGAGGAGGUGCGAGAAGAGGAGGAGGGGGCAGAGGUGAAGAGAGAUGAAGGAGGAGAGAGUGGAGAGGCUGACUUGUCCAGUUCAGGGGAGUCUUCUUCUGUGAUUGCAACAGCUUCUAGCAGAGGUGUUUUCUCUACAAUCACACAUGCUGUGCAGAACACAGGUAAGUCAGUGAUCAGUGGAGGUCUGGAUGCCUUGGAGUUCAUUGGAAAAAAGACCAUGACUGUUCUUGCUGAGAGUGACCCGGGUUUCAAAAAGACCAAAACCCUGAUGCAGAAGACUGCAUCACUAAGUCAGAUGUUGAAGGAAGCCAAGGAGAAGGAGCGCGCACGUCUGAGCAACCAGCCAAUCAGUGCACCCACUGCUCACUAUGGUAUUCUGUUUGACGACUACCAGGGUUUGUCACACCUCGAGGCCCUGGAGAUCUUGUCCAAUGAGAGUGAGGCCAAGGUUCAAGCAUUCCUGUCGUCCCUGGUGGAAGAGCAGCAGGAGGAGGUGAAGAAGGAGCUGAUUUUAAUCAAGGAUAUUUUCAUCAAGCAAGAGGAAGAGGAAGAGGAGGAGGAGGAGGAAGGAGAGGGAGAAGGAGAAGGAGGACAGACGAAGGAUAAUGCUGCUGAUGGAGAGGAGUUUGUGAGUGUUCUCACUGAGCUGCUGUUUGAGCUUCACGUUGCUGCCACACCAGACAAACUCAACAAGGCUCGGAUGAGGGCCCAUGAUUGGGUGAACGAGGUGGAACAGCCUGUCACUACGGAGACAGUUGGCGGGGAAACGCAGGACCAGCCGGGAGGAGAGGCCUUGUCUGUAGAGAACGAAAAGGAGGAGAAGAAGAAAGAUGGAGAGGAGCAGGUGGAGGAGAUGAAGGGAGAAGAGGAGGAAAAGAAGGAGAAAGAGAACAACCCCAGAUCUGUAGAGGUUGUCUACCUGUCAUCAGUAGGCAGUCUGGCAGAAGUGACGGCUCGCAGUAUCGAGCAGCUCCACAAGGUGGCAGAGCUCAUCCUCCACGGCCAGGACUUAGAGAAACCAGCCAGAGACCAGGCACACAUCCUCGCUAGGCUGACAUGUGCCAUGUGUAAGGAGGUGGAGUGUUUGGCCAGGAAGUUCUCGGACACUAUGCUUCUGGUUGGGGGCCAGAAGAAAGCAGAGGAGUUGAAUCCACUGGUAGACAGUGUGCUGCUAGAGGGCUCCAACAGUACCAACUACAUCCAGAAUGCAUUUCAGCUGCUGCUUCCCGUCCUGCAGAUCUCCCACAUCCAGAGCCAACACUGCCGACCCACCACAGACCCAGCUGCACAGACACAGCACUAACACGCACACACACACACACACACACACACACACACACACACACACACACACACACACACACACACACACACUUACAUAUGUGCCACCUGCUCACCCGCUUGUCUUAAUAUAUCUAUUGUUGUACAGUGACUUAUAGAGAUUAGUUUAUUCCAGAUUACACGCUUAUCAACAUUAAGUGCCGCAGCAACAGGCAGAAGAUGUUUAGAUAUGCAGAAUAUAAUCUUGAAGAUAACAAUUUAAUGAACAGGUACAUGUGGUAAUGAGCCACAUGCAGGUUGUAUGUGUGUUUCUUCCACCUUGUAUCUCUGAAUGUUAUUCUGUCUCUGUUUUCCAGUUGAUAUUUUUGCUUUGAGGAACCAAACGUUGUCGCUGAAUCAGUUUCAGCUGUGACUCAUUCUGUCUGACAAACAAAGAUGUUUCUCUAACAUUUCCAAAAUACUGAACCAAAAACAAAACAUGAUAACUGAUUGUGUUGAAGGGAUUCUACAUUAAUGUAUAUUAAGCUUUCUUUGCACUCCUUGUAAUUUUAACAGAAAGAACUUUGAAUAACACUAAUGAAAUGUAUGUUUUGCUGAAUUGUUCUGAAAUCUCGACUGAGACAAAACGCCAGUAUUAAUGAUGAUACACCACAAUCUUUGUUGUUUCUUUUUCUUCUUUUUUUUUACGUUAAAUUAUAUGAAGCGACACUACCUUAUAUUUCACUCUUAUCUAGUUUGAUUUGAACAGAAAAUACUUUGAAUUAGGAAACAUUUUGUUCUCCUUCUCCCCUCUUGUGUACACUGAUAAAAAGUAGUUUGAAAUUUCUUUGGGAAAAAGCAAAUAAGUACAUUUCCCACCUUGAAGAAGGCAGUAGCCAAAACAUGUAGUGUGUUUUAACUUUUUCUUGCCCUCUGGAAUAAAGGCUUUUAAUAUUGUUUUACCAGGAUCACUAGAUUUACAUACGCUUUGAUCCUCAGAGGUAAAUAUAUCAACCAUUUUCCACUUGACAACUGGUGGAUUUUCAGCAGCAAACCUGAGGUGCUCGCAGUGCAUCUGUUGUUUGAAUAUCCAGUGUUAAAUUGACUCUUACCUUCCAGCCAGCAGUUAUUUAGACCUCUCUCUUCCCCUUCUUUACUCCCCCCCCCCUUUAGAAAUACACUGAUACAGGCAAGAAAGUUAUCAGGCAAAGAACAUAUUAGUCAGUCCUGUCAUAAUGUUUUGGCUCCUCACAGCUACUGCAAGAUGGGGUAAGAUUUUUUAUCAGCCGCGCUUCUGCCUUAGAAUAUGAAAUGAUUUGUAAUGUAAUCUGGAAAAUAUUUUGGGAGCAAAAGUCAUUUAUUUAACUUUGGACAGUUUACUAAUGUGUUUAGACUGCCCUCUAAUAAAAUGCCCUAAGACUGUUUGAGGAUGACAUGUUGAAAAUAAAUACAGUUUAACCAUC